AAAAGCACACAGUCACUGUGAGGGCAGAAAUGGAGCAGAAUGAGCUGGAUGCAAAAACCUUCUCCUGUUCAAUCUGUCUGGAUCUCCUGAAAGAUCCAGUGACUAUUCCCUGUAGACACAGCUACUGUAUGAACUGUAUUAAUAGCCACUGGGAUGAGGAGGAUCAGAGAGGAAUCCACAGCUGCCCUCAGUGCAGGAAAAACUUUAUACCGAGGCCUGACCUGCAGAAGAGCACAAUGUUAGCAGCUUUAAUGGAGUAGCUGAAGAAGACUGGACUCCAAGCUGCUCCUGCAGACCAAUGCUAUGCUGGAGCUGAGGAUGUGGCCUGUGAUGUCUGCACUGGAAGGAAACUGAAAGCCAUCAAGUCCUGUUUAGUCUGUCUGACCUCUAAUUGUGAAAAACACCUUCAGCCUCAUAAGAAUUCCGCUCCAUUCAGGAAACACACGCUGGUGGAGCCCUCCAAGAACCUCCAGGAGAACAUCUGCUCUUUUCAUGAUGGGGUGAUGAAGAUGUUCUGCCGUACUGAUCAGAAGUCUAUCUGUUACCUCUGCUCUGUGGAGGAACAUAAAGGACACGACACAGUCUCAGCUUCAGCAGAAAGGACUGAGAGGCAGAGCAAGCUGCAGGAAAGACGAGGAAUAAUCCAGCAGAGAGUCCAGGACAGAGAGAAAGAUGUGAAGCUGCUUCAGCAGGAGGUGGAGGACAUCAAUCACUCUGCUGAAAAAACACUGGAGGACAGUGAGAAGAUCUUCACUGAGCUUAUCGGCCUCUUCCAGAAAAGAAGCUCUGAUGUGAAGCAGCAGAUCAGAUCCCAGCAGGAAGCUGAAGUCAGUCGAGUCAAAGAGCUUCAGCAGAAGCUGGAGCAGGAGAUCAGGGAGCUAAAAAGGAAAGAUGCUGAGCUAGAGCAGCUUUCAGACAUAGAGGAUCACAAGCAGUUUCUUCACAGCUACCCCUCAUUGUCAGACCUCAGGGAGUCUACACCCUCAGCCGGCAUCGACAUCCGUCCUCUGAGACGCUGGGAGGAUGUGACAGCAGCUGUGUCAGAGCUCAGAGUCAAACUACAGGACAUCCUGAGAGACACAUGGACAAAGAUCUCACUGACCCUGGCUGAGGCAGAACCAGAGAGCAGAGCUGGUUUCUUGGGAUAUUCAUGUCAGAUCGCAUUGGAUCCAAACACAGCACACAGUCGACUGAUACUAUCAGAGGGAAACAGGAAGGUGACACUGAUGGAUCAACCCCAGUCUUAUUCUAGUCUUCCAGACAGAUUCACUGAUUGGCCUCAGGUUCUGAGUAGAGAGAGUCUGACUGGACGUCGUUACUGGGAGGUGGAGUGGAGGGGGUGGGUUCGUGUAGCAGUAGCAUACAAGAAUAUCAACAGAACAGGAAGAGGGGAUGAAUGUGGAUUUGGACAUAAUGAAAAAUCUUGGGCAUUAAAUUGCUUCCAAGGUGGUUAUGAAUUUGGUCACAACAACAUCUGGACCUCCAUCUCAGGUCCUGGUUCUUCGAGAGUAGGAGUGGACCUGGAUCACAGAGCAGGUGUUCUGUCCUUCUACAGCAUCUCUGAAACCAGAACUCUCCUCCACAGAGUCCAGACCACAUUCACUCAGCCGCUACAUGCUGGAGUUUGGGUUUGUAUCACUGGAUCAUCUGCAGAGUUCUGUAAACCUAAAUAGAUCCAGUUUGUUGGUUCUGAUUGUUGAUCAGGGUUCCUGGUUCCGGUGCCUGUGCUUUGCUGCUCUCUUCUUCUUUCUUUCUCUGUUUAAAUGUAAUUUUCUGUGUCUGUGUUCCAGGAGCCAUGAAGGAUUUUGCUGCUGAUUUUUCUUUCAUUCUUCUGACACAGAAAUAUUUCUCCAAAUGAAAAUCUAAACUUCUCUGGGCUCUGAUUGUUCUACUGUAAUAUCUGUAUUGAUGGAUCUGGAUGUUCUGGGGUCUCUUCCUCUGUUCAAAUACUUAUUUGCAGUUUUAUCACAAAUAAUUUGUUAAAAAAAUCAUAUAUUGUGAUUUCUGUAUUUUUACUAUGUAUCUCUCACAUCGGACAUGCAUCUACGAUGAUAAUUUCAGACCUCUCCAUGAUU